AUUGAACAGAAACGAGCCUUCAAUGACUCUCUCUGUACGGCAUUCUCUUCACUGGACAAGACUUGCCAGAAGAAUUCUCCUGCACCUCUCAGAGCUCCUCCUCAUAAAUACACUUCCGGUUGGAACCAUGGUGAAAGUCAGAUGUAUGAUAAAACGUCCCUGAAGUCAAGUCCCGGCUGUGUCAAGGUCCUCUCAGUCGAUGUCAAUCCACUAUCACCACUUAGAAAUGCUAUGCAGGGCAUUUCAGAUGUCCCGUCAUCUGUUCUCUCCGGUUCGGAGUGGUACGAGACGCAGGCCUACAGGGCACUUAAUCAGGCGCUGGGCCGAUGCAUUCGUCAUCGAGGCGAUUGGGGUGCCAUCAUUCUAGCCGAGGCACGUUUUGUUGAACAGCCGGAGCGUUACCUUUCCGGUAUUUCUCGGUGGCUACGGAACCACUUCCAUCAUGACAUUGGACGAUUUUGUCUGUCACAGAUUCGUGGCUCACGAGAGGUGGUCAGAUUUGCUGGUGGAUUUGAGCAAGUUCGUUGA